AUGCGUAAUUACAUUCCUCCAGAGUGUCUUCAACUUAUAUUCUAUAAUAUACAAGAUGAUCGUAUAUCAUUACAUUCUUGUCUUUUAGUAAACAGAACUUGGUGUAAUAAUAUAAUUGGUAUCUUAUGGAAACAACCUUUCCAUCUAUUAUAUUUUUGUAAAGAAAAUACUUCAGUAAAACGAAAUUUACAAGCAACUAAUUUACUUGAAACUUAUAUUUCUUGCCUCAUUCAACAAAACAAGUCCAUUUUAGUGGAAAAAUCUAUCAUAUCACAAUUUAUUAAACCACCAAUGUUUAACUAUGUACAAUAUUUAAAAUUUCUUGAUCUUUAUGAGUUAUACAUGGCUAUUUACGAUUAUAAAGAUUCUAAAGUAAAUGGAAGAUUAUUAUGUCGUUUCCCACUGACUCCGAAAUUUAAUAGCAUUUCUAGAAGGCGGUUUCCUAAUAACCAACAACUGGAUAAUAAGGUGACUUCUGAAGAUUGUGCGUUAGUUUUGAACUUUUUUUUUCGUGAAAAUCUACAUGACUUGAAUUCAUCAAGUAAUAAUGAUGAAUAUCGUUGGCUUGGUAUGUUUAUGUGUAAAUUUUUUUUGGAACAUUCUCGAUCAAUUGACAAUCUUUCAAUCAGUGCUAGAUCUGGACUUAAUAUUUUAACUUUAGCAAAUCAAAAUUUUAUUUCAAAUAGAAAGUAUUUAAAUGUGGAUGAUUGUUUAAUGAUUCCAACUUGUCUGGAUUCACAUAAUUGUUUAUCAAAACUUACUAAAUUAGUUUGCACUACAAGAUAUCGAAAGGCUAAUUUUUUAUCAAAUCUCGCAAGCAUUUGUCAUUGUAUAAAGACAUUAAUCAUAAGAGUUGAUUGUGAUAUAGCUUAUUCUUGGCCAAUUCCUAUACUUCCAACUUCUCGAAAUGUUGAACAUGAAUCAGUAGCUAAAUUAAUUAAAUCACAAAGAGGAUUGGUUCAGUUUGAAUUACAAUAUUGUUCAACUGGAUUAGGAAAUAUAAUGACAACUUUGAAAUCUCAA